GAAAUUAAAAGAAAAGUAUUUUUAAUUUUGACGUCAAUGUUUGAACACGUGUACUCAUUUUGUGUGAACUUUUGAUUUUCUAGUAUCAAUUGUUUAUAUUUAUGUUUUAAUCAAAUCCUCUCAUGAAUGAAGAAUUUGUUAUUCAGAAUUUAAAAACAAUAUGAUAUUUACGAAAUUCAAACGAAAAUAAGUCGUCUUUUUCAACGAGAAAGUAUCUUUCUAAUGUUCUCUAUCAUUCACGUGCUAAUUCCAAAAAUAUAAUUUAGUCAGUUUUAUAUUUGUAACACAAAUUAGAUACAGAAGCAUAUCAGAACGCGAGGAAACUUUCUUAUAUAAUAUAAUGGUAAAUCAAAGGAAGUGACUGAAACGGUUUAAAUAUGUCCUCAUGAUACUUUACAAACGUUCCAUCAAUUUUUGACAUCUGUCGUUUGUAACGCAAGAACAUUGAAUCAACCGUGACCCAGAAAAGUGGCAGACUGAAUACAAGUAGCCUGAUUUUCUCGUGCUUAACGCGUUCAUUAAAUGAAACUUUUGCAUUCAAUAAAAAGAAUUCUGUAUUGAAGACUUUUGUAUUUCAACGAGAAAAUCUUAAAAGCUUUCCAUGAUCAAACAAGUUCCUUUUUUUUUUUUUUUUAAUUUUCGUACUGGAAAAUUGAUCCAACACAUUGAACGAUGUUUUGUUCGAUCAACUAUUUAAAUGUUGAUGUUUGACAAUUUUAUUUGAAGAAGAAAGUGCGACAUUUGAUUAUGUAAACAGCGUGCGACGAUUUUCGUGUGGAAAAAACAUGCGCUUGGAUGUUCUCGGUCUAUCAUGUUAUCGGCAACAAAAGUGGUCGAGCGAUGUUCGUCGGGAGGAUAUUUGUCGAACGAGACUCGCAGCAAUUAGCAGCGGUUGGACCAGCAAUCAUGAAUCGAUCUAUCUGCAUCAGUUACGCCUUAUCAGGCUUAAUCCGUUAAAAGGAAGGGCGGAGGAUCGUUAAAACCCGUUGAUAUAAGCACGUGAGGGCCAAGAUAGCUGAAGAAAAGAAAAUAGAAGAUCAAUUAAUCAACGAAAUUUUGCAAAACAAUUCCUGGAUGUCUCAGAAGAUGUGCAAUAUCGAAUUGUAUUUUUUACAAAGCACCGAAGUAAAUUAUGUAAAUAAGAAAUGCUGACAAUUUAUCAUACACAGAAGGUGUAAUUAUUGAAAUUCUUCAAGUAAUCAAAAAGGAUGUAGAAAUUUCAUUUGAAAUGUAUCCAUAGAAUUGAUCAGAAAAUUUGUUGUAAUUGAACUUUGAAGUUUUGAAGAUACAGGAUGCUUCAAGAGAUGGAGAUGCACUUGGAGAAAAUUAUCACUAAUCUCACGAAUACUUCGCGCUCGAUGCACGACAACGAAUCGUACGAAAUCGACGAGGAUUCCGAGUUCAAUUUCAAUCGUCAACAAGUGGAGAGAAUCGUCGAAGUGGUGGUACCGAUAUUUUUUGGCAUGAUCGGUAUAGUUGGACUCGUUGGGAAUUCUUUAGUGGUGAUCGUCGUUGCUGCUAAUCCCGGUAUGAGAUCGACAACGAACAUUUUAAUCAUCAAUCUGGCGGUGGCCGAUCUGUUGUUCGUCAUUUUUUGUAUUCCGUUCACCGCGACCGAUUUUGUGUUACCAUUUUGGCCGUUUGGAAACGUUUGGUGCAAGAUCGUUCAGUACCUUAUCAUCGUCACUGCCUAUGCCAGCGUUUAUACCUUGGUUCUGAUGAGCCUUGACAGGUACUUGGCGGUGGUUCAUCCUAUUACCUCAAUGUCAUGGAGAACUGAAAAUCACGCGAUCCUCGCGAUUUGCAUCGCAUGGGCGAUGAUUUUUGCAAUAUCCACGCCUGCCCUGGUUGUUCAUGGCGAGUUUCAGGACGUGGACGAUUCGUCAUCGGAGAACCUAACGGCUUGUCGAAUUCUGCCACAGUAUAAUUGGCCUAUCUUCCAAAUGUCGUUCUUCUUGCUGAGUUACCUGCUGCCGCUGAUGCUGAUAUGCUUCUUUUACAUUUGCAUGCUCGUCAGGCUAUGGCGCGGGGAACGCGUCAGCGCCGAGAGUCGACGCGGAAGAAGACGAGUUACGAGGCUGGUGCUCGUCGUAGUUGGCGUUUUCGCCUUUUGUUGGUGCCCUAUACAGGUAAUCCUGGUAACAAAGUCACUAAACGUGUAUCCAUUGACAUCAGCGACGAUUAUGGUGCAAAUAGCCAGUCACAUUUUGGCAUACACGAACAGCUGUGUCAAUCCUAUCCUCUACGCUUUCCUGAGCGACAGUUUUCGAAAAGCAUUUCGAAAAAUCAUUUACUGUAGACCUCGGCCCGAUCAAAACAGGCAACUGGGACCAUUGACGAAAACUACGAGAGCUGCCAGUACUGGUGACAUCCUUUAGGUCACAGAUCUUUCGACGGCGAAUUCGUCCAGUACAGCACCUUUUAUUUAUAAAUUUAAAGGAUAUCCUUGAUAUUCUAUAUUAACAUAAGAUGGGAUGAUUGUCGUGUGAUUUCGUACAUACAUUUGUGUCUAAUCGUAAUAACGAUCAUUUUUCAGAAGAAAUAAUAGUGAACGUUUGAUCUUUCCAAUUGGCCAAUUCAAUGAAUAAUUUCUUGAACGUGAAAUGAAUUGAACAGAUAUGUCAUAGGUUUCUGUUUUAAUUAAUAUUUUAUACAGUCGUGAACCUCGUAGGAUUUACACUUACAUUGUGAAGAAAUUGUGUACAUAACGCUUGUAAGUUGGCAAAAAAAAAUGGUACGAUUGAAUAAUAAGAUUAAAAGAUAUAGUUAGUAACAAAGGUUCAAACGAUUACUAAUGUAGAAUUCAGAAGAGAGAUUAAUUAAUUAUUUGUUCGGCGACUAUAAAGGUGAAAGAGCUUAUUACCGUCGAUUCGAUUUUACUUAUUAAUUUGUUUCUCUCUCUUUUUUGUAUGGAAAAGGGUUCUUAAAAAUUCACGGAUAAUGGUAGAUGAGCCCCUGCCAUUUCCGUGAAACUAGGAACAAAGUAAGGGUGCACGUUUCGAAAGUAAUUUUAUUCACGACGCGACGUGACAGUUUGUUUUCCAGUGAAACAUCGUAGGUUUAAGGUUGUAAGUUUUAAGGAAGCUCGGAGAAAUGUCCUCAUACAAGUUGUAAAGUACGUAUAUCAAUAAAGACGCUGAUGUGGUGCAAUAAAUUAUCAACUUCUUGUUU